UCUUUUUCAACUAAUAUAUCGUGCGCCUGUCGUGUUUUUGCCUUACAGCCACAUAGUAUCGCGUUACAUGGCUUUUCCGAGAAGUACAGCUACAUUUGGUUGUUUUUGGUCGUGUUCACAUUACUUUUUAAACAGGGGAAGCCCUUGCUCAAGGGCUUUGGGAACGUCCUUGCAUUCGUUGUUUAAAACAACUUCAGGUGGUACACAUUCACUUCGUCUCAUGUCAUCGCAUUCCAAUGGAGCUGAAAGCAGUAGUUCUCACCUUGAGAGGACAGAACAUUCACCAAGACAGGAGUUUUUAGUGCAAGGUACAGUAACAGAGAUGACUCAGUUGUCAAAGACUGUUAAGGGACUUUCCAUAGAGGUGAAAGACAGAAGAUUUUCAUUUAAAUGCGGACAAUGGGUGGAUUUCUUUAUUCCAGGAGUUCCUACUGUGGGUGGGUUUACCAUAUGUUCCAGCCACAGGCUGCUUAAAGAAAAAAGAUCCAUAGACCUUGCUGUCAAACACAGCGAACAUCCUCCAGCCCUUUGGGUUCACACUCAGUGUCAAGUUGGCAGUAAAGUUCAUAUGAAAGUCGGGGGAGAGUGUUAUUUUGACCCAAAUCCUGAAGGCUCCAGUCCAGAUCUGCUUCUGAUUGCUGGUGGUGUUGGAAUCAACCCCUUGUACUCCAUUGCACAACAUGUCGCUGACAUUUCCUCUGAUGCUAGCCAUCAGUACGAUGGGAAAACAGUGCUUCUGUUUAGUGCUAAGAACCAAGAUGAACUGCUGUACAAGGAUAAUCUUUUGAAAAUGUCAGAACAGUGCCCAUCUAUACUCUGCAAGUUUUUUGUCACAAAACCAGAUGCUGAUACACAGACAAACGUGAACAGCGUUCAAUGUGAACGUGGUCGUAUCAACGAAUCGCGACUACAAGAAGCUGUGUCCUCUCUGGACAGGAAUAGAUUAAUUUGUUACAUCUGUGGUCCUCCCCCAAUGAUCCAACAGAUAACUGAAAUUUUGUACAAGAUGGAUAUUGAGGAAAGCAGGAUACUCUUUGAGAAAUGGUGGUAGCAAGACUUGAAGCUUCCUCAUUUUAGGUACGACGGAGAGAAGUACAGAAAGCCAUGCCAUUUGGUGAACAAGUGACAGUCGCCCUCAUCAGAAACAUUGCAUCGGAAAAAUACGUAAUCCCUGAGAGUAAAGGGGGAAUUUUUUUUAAGGGAGACACUGAAAUUUUUUCUUGCUACUUUGAUCGAGUAUUGGGAAAGAAAAACGUUUUGGCAAACCUUCGUCAAAACGUUGGCAGUAUUUAAAAUCUGAUCACUCACAGAAGUGAUUUGAGGUGCGAGCGUUUAGAAAUAUAGCAAUCAUUGUCAUGCCUGGUUGCAUUUCUAACAUGGCAGAAGAUUGUUUAACCCUUUAACUCCCAGAAGUGAUUAACAUAAA